AUGGCUUUCAAGUUUGUUGUUUUAUGUUCCCUUCUGGUCUACGCCAGUGCUGGACUAAUUGGCGCUCCCCUUGCUCCAGCUGCAGUCGCUUAUACUGCACCAGCAUUGACAGCUGCACCCAUCCAUUACACAGCUCCAGCAUUGACAUCACAAUCAUCAAACAUAUACCGCAGCUUUGGAAACCUCGGUCAAAUUUCUACCUACUCUAAAUCAAUCGAUACUCCCUUUUCCAGCGUCAGGAAAUCUGAUGUAAGAAUCUCAAAUCCUGGUGUACAACUGACCGCAGCCGAACACGUAGCUCAUCCUCUUCUGGGUGUAGCGUAUUCAGCUGCUCCUGCUGUCUCCCACGUCAAUUACGUUACUGGAUAUACCAAUUAUGCUUUUUAA